AUGAGUAAGGCCCUGGACCGCAUCUCUCAGUCACCCUUCACGCGCAGGAUAGAAGGGGCUGAACUUCCUCGGCGGUUCCACCAACCCAUUUUCGCUAUAUAUAACGGUCGGACGGACCCCGUAGAGCACGUGAGCCAGUUUAACCAAAGGAUGGCCGUCCAUUCUAGAGACGAGGCGUUGAUGUGCAAGGUGUUUCCGUCUAGUUUGGGACCCAUGGUGAUAAGGGGGUUUGACAGCCUCAAGCCAAACUCCAUAAAUUCUUUUAAGCACCUAACCCAAGCUUUCGGUUCUCACUUCAUAGAGGGAAAUUACGAUGGCAUUGCCAUCAGCACCUUCAAGAAAGGCCUGCCGACAGAGCACGGUUUAAGGAAGUCCUUGACUGGGAAACUGGUCACCAGCGUGCGCCAGCUCAUGGACCGAAUCGACAAGUACAAGAGGGUCAAAGGAGACCAACAAAUGGGAAAGGGCAAAGCGAAGGUUGUCCCUCAGGAGAGGAGGGACUUCAGGUCGGACAGAUUUGGCAACAAUAACCGGCUGAGAAGGGAUUACUCGGAGCAAUCUGGAUCCACCGGGGCACAGGCAGUCCACACUGUGUUCCGAGAACCAUUACAUAAGAUCUUAGAGAAAGUCAAGAAUGAACCGUUCUUUCAAUGGCCAAGUAGAAUGGCAGGCGACCCCGCGAAACGUAACCAGAGCCUAUAUUGCGAAUACCACCAGGAACCAGGGCACUCCACUAACGACUGCAGAAACUUGAAAAAUCACUUAGACCGGCUGGUCCGAGAGGGAAAGAUGAGACAUCUCUUGCAUCAUCCCAUUGGACGACAAGAGCAGGCGGGCGUCGAGGCAAGGCAAAGCACCUUGAGACCGCCUAUUGGCACGAUAAAUGUCAUUCUUGCUGCCCCAAGAAGAACCCGCUCCCAUCCUUUCAGAGUGAUGUCGGUGGCCCAACUCCCCAUUGAAGUUGACGACUGUGAGUCUAAGAGGGCUAAAGGGAUGACCUCGCCCAUACUCGGAUUCUCGGAUGAGGAUAAAGUUGGAACCAUCCAGCCCCACGACGAUGCUCUAGUCGUCACACUCAGGAUUGGGGGAUAUGACGUAAAGAGGGUGCUAGUUGAUCAGGGCAGUGCCGUGGAGGUAAUGUACCCCGACUGGUACAAGGGGCUAAAGCUGAGACCAGAAGACCUGAUAGCAUACGACUCCCCUUUGGUAAGUUUCAAAGGGAAAACUGUUACUCCAAAAGGCCAGAUCAGGCUACCUAUACAAACAGGCUCGAACAUAGUGGAGGUGGACUUCAUAGUGGUGGACGCUUAUUCGCCCUACACCGCCAUUGUAGCCAGACCGUGGUUUCAUACCCUAGGAGCUGUAUCCUCAACCCUACACCAAAAGGUGAAGUACCCGUUGGAGGGAUAG